CCCUGCCUCUGUCUGGCCAGCGUCUUUCCCCCUCUUUGUGUCACCCUUUCGCUUUUCCUCGCUUCUUCGUCGAGCCCUUUCUCUGAGCCACUUGUCCCAUCGCUUGUUGCUUCUUUUUCUUCUUCUUUGUUCUUCUUCUUGAGCGGGGAUUGGUUUCCUUGGAUGCGUUGUCUCAGCCCGUUCGACCUUCCUUUACAAGUCGUGGUGGGAUUAGCCAGUCCUCUUUGCUGGUGACGGCACAACCAGCAGAUAUCACUCGCCCUACCGAGAGCAAUCUACACUCACCAGCCACGAGCACGAACCCACGACGAGAGACGCCGUUCGAACCGAGAUCCGAGCCAUCUCCAGCCCCAUGGCGCCUCACAACGACGUCGAGGCCUUCCACGAAGUGCUGCGGUCCAGCCGCCGCAUCCUCGCCCUCUGUGGGGCCGGCCUGUCAGCCUCGUCCGGCCUGCCCACGUUCCGGGGCGCCGGCGGCUUCUGGCGCAACUACGAUGCCACCCAGCUGGCGACGGUGCGGGCCUUCAAGAUGGAUCCGGGCAUGGUCUGGCUCUUCUACGCCUACCGGAGGCACCUGGCCCUAAAGGCGGAGCCGAACAAGGGGCACAAGGCGUUGGCCGCGCUGGCCAGGCGGAACCCGGACUUUUUGUGUCUGACGCAGAACGUUGACAACCUCUCGCAGCGAGCACAACACCCCCCGUCACAGCUAAAGUGCCUCCACGGCUCCCUCUUCGACAUCAAGUGCUCCAACGAGAGCUGCGACUGGAUGCAAAAGGGCAACUUUGACGACCCCUUUUGCGCCGCGCUCGCCCCGGCCUCGGUCGACAUGCCCAACGGCGAGCCGCUGCCACUGCUGGACCCGUACCACCGCGUCAAGCACAUCACCGAGGACGAGCUGCCCAAGUGCCCGCAGUGCAGCAGCGGUCUGCAGCGGCCGGGCGUGGUGUGGUUCGGAGAGGAUCUGGACGCCCACAUGAUGAUGGACAUUUCGGCUUGGUUGCGUGCUCAGCCAGUGGACCUCAUGUUCGUCAUUGGCACCUCGGCGGGCGUUUACCCUGCUGCUGGCUACAUCGACAAGGCCCGCAAACUCGGCGCGCGCAUCGUCAUCAUCAACCUCGAGGCGGAAGACGAGGCGGAGAUGUUCAAGGUGAAGCCGGGCGACUUUGCCUUUGGCAAGGAUGCCGCCGAGAUCCUCCCAGUGCUGCUGGAGCCCAUUAUCGGCAAGCCAAACGAAGAGGGCGAAUUUGAGAAGCCUUGA